AUGGCGGAUCCGAGAAUUCGUAGGCAAACCUACACAGCCGCAUCCCAGCCUUUCCGCGGUGCGUAUCCGCGCGGAUCUGUUCCCCCGCAGGCGCAACGCGGGGUUGGAUCCAGGGGGAGCGGAUCCGGUCGCGCAACUGCUGGCGGAGAUGCAGGAUCGGGGGAACGGCAACCCGCGGAGACCGCGGAGCAGGCGGCGGAGCGGGAACUGUGCGAGCGGCGAGAGCAGGAGCGGGCGCAGGAGGAGCGGGAGAGUGAUGCGCGCGAGCGGAAGGCGCAGGCGGCGGAGCGGCUGCAGCGAGAGCAGCAGGCGGUGGUGUCGCUGGAGCGAUCGGUGCAUGCUAAAGCGCGCGAUGUGGAGUCCCUAUCCGCGCAGAGCACGCAGAUGGACGAGCAGGCCUCAGCGAUAAGGGCGAGGGUGGCGGUGCUUUGCGCGCAUUCCCUGCAAGUCAACGGCUUCCGAGCGUACCUGGGGGCUGGAAACCGCGGCCUGCGUGACUGCAAGGCACGCAUCAAUUCUCUAAUUUUCGCUACAGAGGCAGCAGCAGGCAGCAGCAGGGCAGCUGCUUCUGCUGCUCCCGCUGCCCCCACGAGUCCUGCUGUUCUCCUAUCUUUCCCGGGAGGCCUGGCUGAUCUGGCACCCAUAGAAUGGAGCGAGCUGCCUGUGGGAAGCUUUCUGGAACGCGCGAGGCUACACCCGGAGGGGUUGGUGGCGGUGCUGCAGGGUGCUGUGGAAAGGAAGGCGGAGGAGAUAAGGAGGGAGUGUGUUGGGACUGAUUCGGAGGAGGAGGGCUCAAGACUGGGACUCGCCACCCUAACCCGCGCCCCUCUCAGUGCGAGUGGGGGACGAACGGAAGGGAUGACUGGUGGCAGUGACAGCCUCAGCGGCAGCGGCGGCAGCGGCAGCGGCAUUGGUGGUGGCACGUCAAGGAAUCUUUUGCGCAAGGCAGCAAAGCAUGCAUCGUUUACGCCUGCUGACGGUGGUGCUGGCGCUGCUACUGCUGCUGCUGCUGGGGCUGGUGGGAGCACAGGGCGAGGAGUAAGGGGUGGGACGAAUCAGCAGCGCCGGCCGCCACAGUCAACGCAGGAGCUGGUGCUGGCGAGGCAGAAGGAGUACCGCGACCUGUGCCUGCAGACGCAGGUGCUGAGUAAGAGAGCCGAGGCAGUGAGGCUGGCGGUGGAACGGAAGUCCGCUGGUGGAGCAAGCCGGCUUGGGGAUGGGAAAGGACGAAGAGAGGGGGCAGGGGAGAGGGGGGAGGAGGGAGGGGAGGAGGGAGAAGAGAAGGGAGAGGAGGGGGGAGGGGAGGAGGGAGAGGGUGAUGAGGAGGAUGUGGAGUUGGGGAUAGCUAUGGCGGAGGCAGAGUUGAGGGUGCUGCAGGCAGCAGAGAAGCGACUCUCAAGUGAGGUGGCAGCAGCAGGCGCCACGAAUCGCAGGGUGCUGCAGCAGUGGGAGCGAAUUAAAGGGUUCAACGACGAGCGCAGCAAUAAGUGGGCGGAGUACGAGCUUAUAAGGAGGAUAAACCAGGCCUAUGCCCACAUGUGGUGGAACCUCACCAAUGGGGCGACUCAAAAGGCCCUGGCAGGACACGUGGCAAAGGCUGGAAGCGCUCUGAUUGGCUCGGUCCGGGCGGCACGGGACCUGGCCGUUCACGAGGUGACAGCUGGCGCGGCACUGCCGCCCUCCUGGCUGUGCCGCCCGGUCUCCUGUAGCUUUCCGUUGCGUAGUGAGACGUCUCAGGCGUCUCAGGCGUCUCAAAACCCAUUGUCCUCUGAGAGGGAGGCACAGGCGCAGGCACGAAGCAGCUUUAGCUUUCCAUCGGCGGCUGUGGAGGGAGGGGGGGAGGGGCUGGGGUACGAACAGGGACAGGGGCAGGAACACUCAUCCGCUUCUUCUUCCUCUGCUGCUGCUUCUGCCACAGCUAUGGCUGCUGACUCGGCAGUGGCUCAGUUUGUGGAUGCCAUGUCAGCAGCUGCUGACGUGGCAGCUGGCAGUGCUGCUGAGCUGGAGCCAGCUGUCGCCAGCAUGGCACGGCAACUCUCUGGAUUGCAGCAGCAGGCGGAGCAGCAGCACAUGGAGGUGCUAUCGGAGUGGCUGCCACAGCUGGCACAGCUGCAAGGGCAGUCAAGGCAGCUCGUGGCACGCACUCAGAACGCCUCUGACCUGGUCUCCCAUUGGUGGAAGCAGCCGGCCCUUGGGAUCAUCCCGUGGGUGACAGUGGAGGGGAGGAGCAUGGAGGAGUGGGCAGUGGCAUUAGAGGCCGCUCAGAUGCAGAGGGAAAGGUAG